AUGAUGUGCGAGGUGAUGCCCACCAUCAGCGAGGGGGACCCUCUGGGUCCCCCACAGGGCUCCGAGGCGGACGCCGACUUUGAGCAGCUGAUGGUGAACAUGCUGGAUGAGAGGGACAAGCUGCUGGACACCCUGCGGGAGACCCGCGAGACACUCUCUGUCACCCAGAGCCGCUUGCAGGAGACCCUACGGGAGCGUGACCAGCUCCAGAGGCAACUCAACUCGGCCCUCCCACAGGAGUUUGCAACGCUGACACGGGAGCUCAGUGCGUGCCGGGAGCAGCUCCUGGAGAGGGAAGAGGAGAUCUCGGAGCUGAAAGCCGAGCGCAAUAACACCCGGCUCUUGCUGGAGCACCUGGAGUGCCUGGUGUCGAGGCAUGAGCGAUCCCUGAGGAUGACAGUGGUCAAGCGUCAGGCCCAGUCGCCAUCUGGGGUUUCCAGUGAGGUCGAGGUGCUCAAGGCGCUCAAGUCACUCUUUGAGCAUCACAAGGCGCUAGAUGAAAAGGUCAGGGAACGCUUGCGAGCAGCCUUAGAGCGAGUGGCAACCUUGGAGGAGCAGCUCGUGGAUGCCCAUCGGCAGGUGGCAGCUCUGCAGCAAGGCACCGUGCGGGAGGCCCCGGUGGGUGAGCGGGAUGAGAGGGAGCCCAAGGAGCCAGCGCAGAAGCUUCCCUGGAAGCGGCUCUCCAACGGCUCCGUCCACCCAGACGAUGAGGCAGGGCGGGUGGUGGAGCUGCAGGAGCUCCUGGAGAAGCAGAAUUUCGAAGUGGUCCAGGCCAAGGAGCGCAUCUCUGCGUUGGCUGCCAGCGUCGCCGAGCUGGAGGAGGAUCUGGGCACCGCCAGGAAGGAUCUGAUUAAAUCGGAGGAGAUGAGCAGCAAGUACCAGAGGGACCUCCGAGAGGCCCUGGCUCAGAAAGAGGACAUGGAGGAGAGGAUCACCACGCUGGAGAAACGCUAUCUGGCAGCCCAGCGAGAAGCCACCUCCAUCCACGACCUCAACGACAAGCUGGAAAGCGAGUUGGCCAACAAGGAGUCCCUGCACCGCCAGUGUGAGGAGAAAGCCCGGCACCUGCAGGAGCUGCUGGAGCUGGCGGAGCAGAAGCUGCAGCAGACGAUGCGGAAGGCAGAGACGCUGCCCGAGGUGGAAGCGGAGCUGGCCCAGCGCAUUGCCGCACUCACCAAGGCAAAAGAGAGGCAUGGGAGCAUCGAGGAGCACCUCCGGCAGCUGGAGAGUCAGCUGGAGGAGAAGAACCAGGAGCUGGCGAGGGCCCGCCAGCGGGAGAAAAUGAAUGAGGAGCACAACAAGCGGCUCUCGGAUACCGUGGACCGUCUGCUGAGCGAGUCCAAAGAGCGGCUGCAGCUGCACCUCAAGGAGAGGAUGCCCCUCCGGCACGGACGACGGUUGUCUGACGAGAUUGACAAACUGAGGCUGGAGGUUGAUCAGCUCAAGACCAGAAGUGGGACAUUCGUGGAGAGCGUGCACGCAAGGUCCCAUAUGGGCAGUGCCACGGACCUGCGCUUCCCACUGAGCGCCGUGGUCCAUGCCCCUGCCGAGCCCUUCGGGACAGCCCCAGGCCUGCCUCGGGUGCAGAAGGGCCGGUUCGCCGCCCGGCGAGAGGAGCCAGCCAAGGACUGGGAGCAGGCCCAGGCAGGCAGCGUCCUGGCCACGGGGCCUCAUGCCUUUGACAGCGACCCCGAGAUCUCCGAUGUGGACGAGGAUGACCGCGAGACACUCUUCAGCUCCAUGGAUGUGCUCUCCCCUGGUGGGCACUCGGACGCCCAGACGUUGGCCAUGAUGCUCCAGGAGCAGCUGGAUGCCAUCAACGAGGAGAUCAGGAUGAUCCAAGAGGAGAAGGAGUCCACUGAGCUCCGCGCAGAAGAGCUGGAGACCCGCGUCACAAGCGGCAGCAUGGAGGGCCUCAACCUCACCCAGCUCUGCAAAAGAGCUUCCAUCCCCACCUCGCUGACGGCCCUGUCCCUGGCCAGCUCAUCCCCACCGCUCAGCGGCCGCUCCACCCCCAAGCUCUCCUCCCGCAGCGCCGCUCAGGACCUCGACCGCAUGGGGAUCAUGACGUUGCCCAGCGACUUGAGGAAGCACCGGAGGAAACUGCUAUCGCCUGCAGCUCGGGAUGAAAGCCGAGAGGAUAAAACCACCAUCAAAUGCGAGACGUCCCCCCCGUCCUCACCCAGGACGUUGCGGCUGGAGAAGCUGGGCCACCCCGCGCUAAGUCAGGAGGAUGGGAAGAGCUCGCUGGAGGAGCAGGCCAGCAACCCCAGCAGCAACAGCAGCCAGGACUCCCUGCACAAGGGCUCCAAGAGGAAGGGGAUCAAGUCCUCCAUCGGGCGCUUGUUCGGGAAAAAAGAGAAGGGUCGCUUGAUUCAGCUGAGCAGAGAAGGGGCCACAGGGCAGGUGGUGCUGACUGACGUGGAGGUGGGCAUGCAGGACCUGCUGGGACUUGGCAAGCUGGGUGCUCAGGCUGAGAAGGAUCGGCGCCUGCGGAAGAAGCAUGAACUCCUGGAAGAAGCUCGGAGGAAAGGAUUGCCCUUUGCUCACUGGGAUGGCCCCACCGUUGUCUCCUGGCUGGAGCUCUGGGUGGGGAUGCCGGCCUGGUACGUUGCUGCUUGCCGAGCCAACGUGAAGAGCGGAGCCAUCAUGUCAGCCCUGUCUGACACUGAAAUCCAGAGGGAGAUCGGCAUCAGCAACGCACUGCAUCGCCUGAAGCUGCGUCUGGCCAUCCAGGAGAUGGUCUCGCUCACGAGCCCCUCGGCACCACCCACCUCACGGACGUCCUCUGGAAAUGUCUGGGUCACCCAUGAGGAGAUGGAGAACAUGGCGACUUCCACCAAGACGGACACAGAGGAAGGAAGCUGGGCACAGACACUGGCCUAUGGGGACAUGAACCACGAGUGGAUUGGGAACGAGUGGCUGCCCAGCUUGGGUCUCCCACAGUAUCGGAGCUACUUCAUGGAGUGUCUUGUUGAUGCACGGAUGCUGGACCACCUCACCAAGAAGGAUCUCAGAGUGCAUUUGAAGAUGGUUGACAGCUUCCACCGCACCAGCCUGCAGUACGGCAUCAUGUGCCUGAAGAGGCUCAACUACGACCGCAAAGAGCUCGAGAGGAGGCGAGAAGAGACCCAACAUGAAAUCAAAGACGUGUUGGUGUGGACCAACGAUCAGGUCAUUCACUGGAUCCAGUCCAUCGGACUUCGCGAGUAUGCAAACAACCUCGUCGAGAGCGGGGUGCACGGGGCACUCCUGGCCCUCGAUGAAAACUUCGACCACAACAGUCUGGCGCUCGUGUUGCAAAUCCCCACGCAGAACACGCAGGCUCGACAAGUGCUGGAGAGGGAGUUCAACAACCUGCUUGCCUUGGGCACAGAUCGGAGGCUGGACGACGGCGACGACAAGACCUUCCGUCGAACCCCGUCCUGGCGAAAGCGCUUCCGCCCACGAGACGUUCACAGCAUCAACAUGCUCAGCGGCUCGGCCGAGACGCUGCCCGCUGGCUUCCGUGUCACCAGCCUGGUGCCCCUGCCCCCUCCAUCCGCCCCUGCCAAGAAAAUGCCCCCAGAAGUUGGUGCCUCGGGGUCGCCAAGGCUGGAGACCUCCACAGUCCGGACGUACUCCUGCUGA